AUGGUUCACUUCAGCAAGCACCUCAUGGUGUUCAUCAUGGCCCUCUGCCUUGCCCUGCAAGCCGCCGUCGUGCUCUCCGCCACCAUCAACAUAGACCCUGGUCAGUACAAGGCCAAAGCCGCGACCAAGUGCUACCAUGGACCCAAGGCUUAUGGUUGCGACCAGGGAUCCUGCUGGAAAAAGUGCGACGACAACACUGGUAACGGCCAUUGGUGCUGGCUUGAACUCUCUGCCAAGUACUGGGUCAACUGCCAAAAGGACACCGAUUGCGAGCCUCGAUGGACAGGCAACAAGUGUUCUACCGGCGAUUGCGGCGCCUGCGGAUGCAGCUGCUAG